UCUAAAUCCACUUCAGGCUAUGUUUACCUACUUGCUGGAGGAGCUAUAUCUUGGAAAAGUGCUAAACAAGAAAUCAUAGCCACUUCUACCAUGGAAGCGGAAUUUAUAGCUUGUUUUGAGGCAUCCGCUCAUGCAUUAUGGUUGCGAAAUUUGGUCAUGGGAUUGCGAGUUGUUGAUGGAAUUGAAAGGCCACUAAAGAUAUUAUGUGAUAAUAAAUCUGCAGUGUUGUAUUCCAAUAACAACAAGAGCUCCACCAAGACAAGACACAUUAAGAUCAAAUUUCGAGUUGUUAAAGAGAGAGUCCAAAAUGGAGAAGUGUCUAUAGAACAUAUUGGAACAAACUUGAUGAUUGCAGACCCACUGACUAAGGGAUUACCACCUAAAGUUUUUCAUGAGCAUAGAACUCAUAUGGGUGUGGUUGCCGAUGUUGUCUAGUUGAGUGGGAGUUGUUCUUUUAUGCUUUAUUUUUCCAUUGAUACAAAAAAAAAAUUCAAAGUUUCUGCAGAAAUAAAGUUUAUUAGCUUUAUAGCUAACAUUUUUUUUGUAUCUAGUUGAGUGUAAUAUUUAAUUUACACUUAAGAGAUCUAAGGUUAAUCUCAAUAAAGACUAAAGUUGGACCAGUUGAAAAUAGGCAUGAUGGAGACCACUUCACAUGUAAUUUUCAUGCUGCUCACCCAUACAGAUCUAUGUCAUCAAUUGUAUUUUUUAUGGUGGUUGUUGUGGUUUAGUCAUGAAUUAACAAUAUGACAAAAGCCGCAGUAAUUCCAUUAUUAAUACAUGAGGUGGACCAGAUUGACUAAGUUCAAGUCUAAAGAUAAAUAGCAUACUAAGGCGCGCCUAAAGAAAUAUAAUUACAAUAUGUAGCCCAAGUGGGAGAUUGUUGGAAUAUUUUAUUUCAAUAAUUAAUAUGGGCUAAUAUUAUAAUUAUUGUAUUAGCUAUUUAUCAAUUGGGUUUUAUUUAUGUGGUCAAUAUUAUCUAAUUAAGCCCAAUAGACUAUUAAGAUAAAUUGUAUGGGCCAAAUAAAUGGGCAGAGGCCCGUGUUGCUUGUUAGGGUUUAAUGGGAGCCCUAGCUAGACCAACACACUCUAUAAAUAGGCUAUGGUCCCCAAUACAUUGAACUACACCAACUCACUUCUCUUCUCCCCAUCGGAAGAGAGACUUAGGCCUCGAGUUCAAUUGAGGAAGAUCCAGACGCCAUCUACCUUGUUCCAUUCCUCCUGCGGCUUCGCUAUGGAUCCAGACGAAGGGGAAACAGAAAUGGAUGAAGAGGUAAAGGUAGAGGUCAAGGUAAAAAUAGAGGAAGUCUCAUGUUUGCAGCAGAUCACGAGAACAAGGUGUGUCCUUUGAGAACUAUACUAG